CUGCAGCAGGCCCUGGGGACGGGCGGCGCCUGGAGAGAGCGCAAGCGCUCGGCAGCAGGACGGCCCCGGCCAGUGCUCUGCCCGUGGGGCCGGGACGGGAGUUACAGGAGAGGUGCUGACUUGUAGGAAGUGGGCGCUGAGGCCAUCGGGUGACGCCGGCUGCCAGCAGUUUACUCUCAGAUGGUUCAGGGGAAAGUUCUUUGUACUAAAACUUGGAACAUUUCUCUAAUUUUAAGACAGUUUCCAAAAAGCUAAUCAGAAACAAGCAGCGAGGAGGAGAGCUCCGUGCCGAGCGCGCGCUCAGCCAGCACAAGGGCCGGUUCUGCCCAGCUCCUGCGCCAGACAGACAAGCAGACAGCAGCAGCCCCAGCAAACCCAGCAGCUUCCCACGGACCGAGCCCGAGUCCUCCGUCUUGGGGCGUCUCUUAUCGUCUUGGGGCGUCUUCUGCUACUCUGGGCCUGGUUUGAACUCACACAGUCUAGGUGACUGACGCAAGGCACCGUCGACAAGUGUAAACAUCACGACGAAUCUGCCACCAGCCAAGGUCGCUGGGUCCUUCCCGUAGACCCGGAGUUAACCCGGAAGAGGGGCAGGAAGGGGACUGUGUCCUUAGGCUCGAGAAAGGGGUGAGGGAAUGAUUCCAGAGGGAGAAAAAAUGGUCUGGGGAAAGUGCAGAGACGCUGGGAGCUCGUGGGCAGCACGAAGAAAGGGGUGCUGUUACCGGGCGUGGGGGGCGCCCCUCGGGGCAUGCAGCUCAUCACCCCACAUCAGGAAGUCCCAGGCCCCCCCUGAGCUGGCCAAGAGCGGAGAGCCAGGUCCCGCAGGCUCUGGCCACCGGCGACCUCGGGCGAGCUGGCUCCUUCUCUGCAGGGUACUGGUGACACAAAGGGAGAGGUGCCUCUGCCCGCCUGGCUCCCGGGCCAUCAGCGAGACCCACGUGAGGUGAUCUACGAGCAGAUGUUCUAGCUGCCAAACACAGUAUUCGUUUCAUUCCCUGUGAUUUAUAGUUUACUGUUCAUACUAUUUCUUAGGGCAGAGGCACCACACCGUCCUGGUGGUGCUCCUGGCCUCUUGUGUGUCCUGAUUAAGUGACCUGAAAACACCAAACAAAACAUCAGAGCAGGUCCCCUCCCUCCGUCCCUGGCAGAGCCCACGCCCCGUGUGCGGGCAGUGCCCAGGGCCACCCCUCCCUCCCCCGCAGGGCAGGCCCAGCAAACCCAGAGAGCCGGCCGCUCAGGGUCAGGCCCUCCUUCCAGGCCUCGAGGAGGGCUCAGCGACACAGCCCUGAAUUCUGCCCCUCCAUUCCAGGGGCAUCUGGUCACACGCCCCCGUCCUGGCCCCUGGCCUGCAGUCCCAGCCUGUGAGCAGCACAGGGCAGCCAAUGGGAAGGCCCCAUCAGCCAGGUGGCCCCUCAGACCGUCUGUCCUUGGAGGAGACAGGAGUGCUCUAGUCCCCGCCGGCCUCGCUGACCGUGGACGGGAUGGCCAGUGUGAACUCUGCCAGCCGCACCCACUACGCCUCCUCCAUCCCCGUGCCUCGCGCUGCUUCCCAGACCAGGAUGCAGACACCGGCUGUAUCUCCCCGGCUGCGGCCACGCCAGGCCGGCCUGGCCCUGAGCCCCCAGCGGGCGGCCUCCCCAAGACUGGGCAAGGCUGGAGGCCCUUCCAGAGGCUCAUCUCCUAAGGCAUCCCGGGGGAGAGGCUCCCCCAAGGCUCCUGGGGCUGCCAGGGAGUCAGCCGAGGUUGCUGAGAGCCACGCUGGCUCCCCAUGGAGCAGUCCCAGGACGGCCCCCAAAGCAGUCCUCUCUAGCCGGACUGGGUCCAGAAGAGCUGGGGAGACACAGGGUGCCCAGGGAAGGAAGAAGGUGGCCCCGGAAGGGGUUCCGGCUCACCAGACUCGGGGCAGGAGCCCCUUCCGGACCAGUUCUCAUGGAGAAACUCAGAUACCAGGGGCUCCAUCUAACUACCCAGGAAAAGAUCAAAGAGAUCUGACCUACAGAAGCUCCGGGGGCCCCAGGUCGUUGGAACCUGACACCAGGGCAGCUUCCGGGCCGUCCUCUCCAGUCUGCAGCCCUGUGCACAGCCCCCGCCCAGCCCCCGCCCUAGGGCCCAUCAGCUUCUCCUCCGCCCAUCAGCAGAGCCAGCCGGUCACAGCCACGGUGGCCCCCUUCCAGUACAGGGCGCAGACAGACCAGGAACCUGGCCCCCUCUGCCAGGGCAGCUGGGCUCCUGAUGGCUACUCUGGCCCCCCCCGGCGGGACUGAGGAGAGCCUCUCGUGCAGGGGUAAGUGAGGGCAGACUUCUGGGGGAGAGGCCGCUGGACCAGAACUCUCUCACCGUCCACGUGGGAGGAGUGGCCCGGCCAAACGGCCACAUCUCUUCACGCCAAGGCCGCGACCUGUUAGUUGCACUUAGAGUUCUCGCCACACCUGACUCCUUGCAGGGUUGGCCCUCCCACCCCCGAGCAAGUCAGGGAAGGAAAGCGGCCAGCGGGCAUCCUGUUUAUCCUGGAAGGUGCUGCGUGUGUAGCUGGGAGGCAGUGCAGGGCCACCUGACCAGUGGCCCGCCGUGCGCUCCCUCCCCUAGACCCACAUCAGCAGGCCACGCCCAUGCGGCCACCUCCCCACAGCCUCCUGUAGCCAGAACCCCACCCCCGACGCGCACAGUGCUGUUCACGGCACCUCAGCACCGCGGGAACCAGAAUGUGCGCCUCCCGAGGAGGCCCCCGAUU